UAAAAGUAUCUGGCAAUUAAAGUAAAGAUUGCCAUAUAAACUAUUCAAGAUUUGAAGUUUAUGCCUGCAAGGCUGCAAACAACUUUUGAUCAUUAAAUUAUUGUUAAAAAGGACAGGAUAAGGUUAGAGAAAGAAUCAAGAUGCAGGAAAGCUUCGCACUAAUUUAACUUUCGUAAUUAUAGUUGACUAAAACUUCCUCGGAAACGUCUAUGGCGAAGCUCUGGUUUUAAACACACCUAAGCUUGUGGACGGCUGGACGGAGAUCUGUUUCAAUCCUCAUCUAUUCCGACUCCUUAGAAAUGCAUACUUUCCGGUUUGUUGGAGGGAUUCUCAUCCUUCUUCUUCUAAAGAAACUCUUCAACAACAAAAGAACCGCUGCUUCUUCAGAGGCGAAGAACGACGCAUCAACUUCUGCCACACAAGAGCCCGCCGAUUCCUCUUCUUCAGCUUUCCCUUCUGCAUCUGAGUGGGAAUACGAGGUGUUCCUAAGCUUUAGAGGUGAAGACACUCGCACCAACUUCACUGACCACCUCUACAACGCUCUCUGCAAUCUUGGAAUCCAUACUUUUAGAGACAACGAAGAAGUCAGAAUCGGAGAAAAGCUUGAUAUGGCGCUUCGCUCUGCGAUCCGCCACUCCAAAAUAGCCAUACCCAUCUUCUCAAAAAAGUAUGGUUCCAGCAAAUGGUGCCUCCGUGAACUUGCAGAGAUUGUGGAGUGCAAGAAACAGGUGAUGCCCGUUUUCUACCAUGUAGAUCCAUCGGACGUCCGAAACCAGACUGGUAGCUAUGAGGACGCUUUUAGGGACCAUGAGAAGAAAUUCGAUCAGGAGACGGUAGAGGGGUGGAAGAAGGCUCUGAGAGAGGUUGCUGAAUUGAAAGGAUGGGAACUGGAGAAGAUUGCUGAUAGGCAUGAAGGGAAGUUAAUAAAAUUAAUUGUUAAACAAGUUUGGGAUGAAUUGAGAAAGAGCCACUUAACUGUUUCUGACAACUUGGUUGGAAUCCAUUCUCAUGUAGAAGAAAUGAAGAAGUUGCUAAACAUUGGAUCUGAUGAUAUAUGGAUUGUGGGCAUCCAUGGCUUGGGUGGAAUUGGCAAGACAACAAUUGCUAGGUGUGUGUACAAUUCUGUUUCUCAUCACUUUGAAGGAUGUUGUUUUAUAGCAGAUGUUCGUGAAACUUUCCAAACAAGGGGAGCAAUUGUCUAUUUGCAAAGUCAACUUGUCACUAAUAUCUUGAACAUAGAGAAUCCAAACAUUACUAGUGUUGAUCAAGGAAUUGAUCUGAUUAAGAAAAGGUUAUCUAGUAAGAAAGUUCUUAUUGUUCUUGAUGAUGUGGAUCAAAAUACAUAUUUAACAUAUAUAGUCGGGAAACGUGAAUGGUUUGGUUUUGGAAGUAAGAUUAUUAUUACAACCAGGGACAAACAUGUAUUAGAUGUUCUUGAUGUAAACAAAACUUACGAGCCCAAAGAAAUGGAUUCUAAGCAAUCUCUUCAACUUUUCAGCAAACAUGCCUUCAAAAUGGACCAACCUCCUGAACAGUAUUUGGAUCUCUCAAAAGAUGUGGUAAGAACGACUGGAGGACUUCCUUUGGCUCUUGAGGUUCUAGGUUCAUAUUUAGUUUGCAAAGAAGAAUCAAUAUGGAAAGAUAUAGUGAAGAAGUUGACAAGAAUUCCAAAUGAUGAAGUGCAGAAGAAGUUGAGAAUAAGUUAUGAUGGAUUAAAUUAUGAGGAGCAAGAGAUGUUUCUUGAUAUUGCUUGUUUCUUUAUUGGAAUGGAUAAGAAUAUUGCGUGUUACAUAUGGGAUGGAAGUGGCUUUUACCCUAAAGCAGGAAUUGAAAAUCUUCGUUUGAAGUCAUUGGUGAAGAUUGGUGACAAAAAUGAGUUAAAGAUGCAUGAUCAACUAAGAGAUCUCGGAAGGGAAAUUGUUCGUCAAGAAAGCCUCAAGGAGCUCGGGGAACGUAGUAGGUUGUGGUUGCAUGAUGAGGCAUGGGAAGUAUUGAGCACUAAAAUGGGUACUAGGAAAGUUGAAGGACUCAGUUUUGACUUCAAAUGGAAAAAUAGCCGAUGUUUGAUGAGUGAAGGAUUUGCUACAAUGACUAAACUAAGGUUACUUCAGGUUGAUUAUGCCGAGGUUGCUGGAUUCAUGAAUUCUUUUUCAGAACUAAGAUGGCUUAGUUGGAAAAGAUGCCCUAUAAAUUAUACACCAACCAAUCUAUGGAAAUUGUGUGUUCUUGAUUUAUCACAUAGUAAGAUCACGGAAAACUGGAUGGGUUGGAACUAUAUCGAGGAGGCAGCAAAUUUAAAGGUAUUGUGGCUUGAUGGAUGUAAGAAACUAGUGGAGAUACCGACUACAAUCAAUUCUCUUACAAUGCUGAAGUCACUUAGUUUAAGUGGAUGUGAUGACCUCCAAUACAUCCCACGUCUUCCUUCAGGUCUGGAAAUCUUUAUCGCGAAUAAUUGUGAAAAUCUAAGAGAAAUAUUAGGUUUCUUGGGCAUGAGAAAUUUAGAGAAAUUAUGUCUUAAUCAAUGCUACAGUCUAGCAAAAAUUGAAAGCCUUGAGGGAUUAGAUUCCCUGAAGCAGUUUGAGAUAAAUUGCUGUGAAUCAUUGAGAAAAUUACCGAAACUUCGGGGCUCAAAAAAAUUGAGGUACUUAGAGUUCAGUAAUGAGGUUGACUUAUCUGAGAUUGAAGGCUUUGAGAGACUGUACUCCCUGGAGACAUUGAUUAUAAAGGAGUGUCAUUCGUUAAGAGUAGUUCCAAAUUUGUUAGACUCAAAAAAUCUUGUGUGCAUUAAAAUCCAAAUGUGCUUUGAGUUAUCUGAGAUUAAGGGUCUUGAGGGAUUGGACGCCCUAGAGGAACUAUUUUUAUCACAUUGCCCAUCAUUGAGAAAGAUACAGCUCCCCAAAAAGUUGAGGAUAUUAGAUAUCCAUUACUGUCGGGCAUUAUUGGAGAUUGAGCGUCCUGAGCAUUUGGAAUUGAAGAUGCUAAAGCAUUUUUGUAUACGUUGCUGUGAGAAGACACUAAAGAUUGGCUGCCUUGCGAGAUUGGAAUCCCUAGAAGAAUUACAAAUUUAUACAGCCCCUUCAUUAAAAGUAUUACCAGAUAUCUCAACUUCGAAGAACAUGAAAGAUCUAGAAGUAAGAUGGUGUCGUAACUUGGAAAGAUUACCUAUUCUAUCUAGCUUUAACAAGUUAAACCGACUAUGUAUUGAGCAUUGUUCGAAGCUAACAGAGAUCCCAAGUGUUGAGAGAUUGGAGUCCUUGGAAGUAUUACGAGUGGUUAGAUGUGAAUCAAUGGAAAUAUUACCAGAUUUGUCCAACUUAACUCAACUACGGCAAUUAUACAUUGAAGAAUGUGAGAAGUUAACUGAGAUUCCAGGAGUUGAUAGGUUGGAAAUUCUAGAGAUCUUGUCUAUCGAUUGGUGUAUUUCUAUUGAAACAUUACCAUGUCUGUCAAACUUAAAGAACUUGAGGACCCUAACAGCUUAUGGAUGCGAGAAGUUAUUGGAGAUUCGAGGUAUUGGCCAGAAUAUGCCCCUUUAUGUCAAACCGGCCAGAAUCCGUGUCAGUGAUAUUACAAGCCAUUUUGAGAUAAAUACAGUUUAAUGAAGAGGCCUUAUUAGGAGUGUGAAAGCUCAUCCAUUGCAGGAGGAGCUUCAACCCCCAAUAUUUUCAGGGGCUCAAAGAGAUUAGAGAGUUUGCUGGAAGGAAGGAACACAAGAUUCUACAACUCUGGAACCUCAUACAAAGUGGAUUCUCAAUUCCUUCGAAGUUUCGCUUAGGAAAGUAAUUGGUUGUUUGGAAGCAAUUUCUGUUCUAGAUUUUGAUAUUUUCUAAAUUUUUUAUUUCUCAGCAGAUUAGCAGUUCUGAUUUUAUGUCUUCACCACUAUAUUUUUUAUGGUUAUUGCAAGUCCUUUUGGAGUUCUUGAUUCUGAUUAGUCGCAAAUUUAUGGUUUCUGUAUUUGUUAAGUAAAACAAGACAUUGAAAGAGACCCCAUUUCCAUUUCCAUUUCCUUAAAACAUAUUAACCAUGCAACCGGAAGACACUUGAAAGUAUUCGAGACAUUGCUAAGAAGCUCAAAUGUUUACACUUUUUUCCAUUGUGUUCAGUAUAGCUCUAUCACAUGGAACUACCAAUAUGCCAUCACAUGACAGGUUAUGAAGUGCUAAACAUCAUUAAUUUUUGCAAUCAUUCAUCAUAAUUACUAGUUUUAGGGUUAAUUAUACCUGGUGUACAUGAUGUUUAAUGAAACUAUGGGUAAAUUCUGGGAGGGAGACAGAUGAUUAAGUCCUGAAAGGGACUUUCUGUAUCUCUUUUACUCCCUAUUAUUGGGAAUGGCUAUUUCCUCUCUCUUCUUCUUCUUCUUCUUUUUUUCUUUUGUGUGUGUGCUCACAUGCUAAUAUUAAAGCAAAAUCUCAUUUUCCUGUGCAAUGAAAUGAACCAUUGGACUGAAACUAGCCAAAAUAGAAGUGAUAAUAGCAUUGUCAUGUCACUGUCUCAUUUCAUUUCUUUCUGUUUCAGGGCAGCGUAAUCUAACAUGGUACGUUCUCAGUAUAAUGGUGGCAGUGAAGGUGGAGGAAAGACCAUUAGAAGUGGCUAAAGGACAACUGAUAAGAAGGAAAGAAAAUACUAUGCCCAAUGCUUAGCUCCAUGUUGCAGUUUCCUUUGGUAGAGUUGCUGUUGUUGUGCCUGCAAUUGCUGCAGCUAAAGUAGCAUUGUCAUGAUAUGGUGAGGCAAUGACAAACACAGGCAUGGUUAAGGUAUAUGUUGUGACCUUAAUGGCAGCAUAGUGCCUAGUGGCUGCAGUGAUGAAGUAGGCAGAGCUUGAGCACCUUGAAUCUGUCAUUAGCUUUGUCAUUAAUGGAUGAUUAUCAGGGACAUCAUGUCUCUUAUCUGCAGCAGAAAAUUGAAGGAAUUGAUUUCUUUUUGCUUUUUCAGAUGUUGGACUAGUAAUGCUUCUUCUUUGGAAAAUCAUGGCUACUUAUGGGUUAGGUGGGGUUUUCGUCAUUCAUCCCUUGUUUCUGUUUUUUGUGCUUGUACAGAGAAGGAAGAAUGAUUGAACCAGAACCAGCUUUAACUCUUACCUGCUAUUAAGUAGCAUUUUAGCAUUCUUUGGGCACCAAAUGUGACAUUGUUCAUCCAUCUUAUCAUAUUUCCCCAAGUAUAGCUGAAGAUGAAGACAAAAAGGAGUAAGUGAGGAAGCUCAUUCCACUGCUUAUGAAGAGUGCAUCAGCUUCCCUUCAGUCAAGAAGUUUAGCUGUAGCGCUGCUGCCCUUUUGUUACUGGUUCCCUUGAGAACAAUUGUGUCUUGUGCAACACACAAGGAAACCAUAUGGCACACCUUCCUAUCGCGACUUUUCUAAGCGCAUUUGGGCUGCUAGCCCACUUGGACUCAAUACUGCCGCUUUCCAUCUUUUAAUAAACAAAUUUGUAUUUGUUUAACUCUAAUACUAUCCCUAAGCAGUAUCUUGUAUCUUUCUUCCCUACUUUCAUCACUAUAUGCUAUUUUAUAUGGAUC